GGCCUGGCCGCCGCCGCCGCCGCCGCCGCCGCGCGCUUCGGCGACCGCCUGGCGCCGCGCGUGCCCGCCGCCUACGGCCCCCGCAGCGCGCCCGGCCCCGCCGCCAUCCACCUGGCCGACGCCGACUACGACGACACCUACGAGCAGUACGACGACCAGACCGCCGAGGAGGACGCGCAGCCCGAGACGGAGGCGCCGCCGCGCCGCCCCGCGCGCACCGAGGCGCACCGCCUCGAGAUGAGCACCGAGUACUUCGUGGUGCCGGAGCGCAGCUCGCCCGCGCCGCCACCGCCCGCGCCGCCGCGGCCGCGGGCGCCGCCGCCCCCGCCGCCCGCCAACACGACGCUGCCGGCGGUGCCGCCCCCUCCCCCCGCCGGCGCGCUGCGCUCCGAGACGUGGGCCGUGCCGGUGCUCGCACUCGCCUGCGUCAGCAUGGUCACGCUCAGCGGCUUCGAGGCUUUCGUGGUGUGGGGCGCGAGCAAGAAGUCCCCGAGUCAACGGCACCUGCUACUCGGACAGACGCUGCUGUUCGGGCUGUUCUCGUGCGCGGCAACCGCCGCCCUGUACGCGGCGACGCCGACCGUCUUCACGUGUGGUGCCGUACGUUUCGGAACCGGCGUCUCGUAUGUCGUAGUGUUCGCCUCGCUCCUCGUGAAGUGCGUCUUUUUGCUCAGUUUGAACGGUGGGGUGUACUUGCCGGCGGCGUACCAGGGCCUGCUCCUCUUCUUCGCGGUUAUGAUCCAAGUGGCGAUAGGCGCGCAAUGGUUGGGCGGGUCGCCGCCGCGCGUAGCGGGCGCUCGCUGCGAGUCUGGCCUAUCGGAGCUGCUGCUGUCGCUGUGCUACGCGGCGUUCCUGAUCGCGGUGGUGUGCGGCGUGGCGCUGCGCUCGCGCGGCAUCCGCGACAACUACCGCGAGGCGACGCACAUCGCGGGAGCGGGCGGCGCGGCGGCGGCCGUGUGGGUGUGCUGGGUGGCGGCGGCGCUGGGCGCGCCCGAGCGGCACCGCGAUGCGUGCGUGGCGGCGGGGCUGCUGGCCACGUGCGCUGUGGUGUUCGCGCUCAUGUUCGCGCCCAAAGGCCGGCGGCUGGCGGCGCUGGGCCGCGAAGGCCGCUGGGACGCGGACCGCGAUGAGGGCCUCAGCUCGCUGGGCGCGGGCGGAUCCGGCUACUCACCCUCCUUCUUCCACUUCAAGCCGGUCAAGUACGGCAUGGUGUCGGCGGCGGCGCCCGGGCCCGCGCCGCCCGCGCUCGACCGCAAGGAGCCGCCGUCUCAGCCAGCCGAUCCGUUUGGCGCGCAGUUCCCGCCCCCGCACGCACGCCCCCUCUGCCCCCCGCCGCACUACCCCCUGCACCCCCUCAUGCACUACCACUACAACUACCCCCCCUACCACUAUCUGAUGCCGCCAGGCGCGCUGGUCCGCGGCGAGGAGGGCGCGGUGUACGCGGCGGUGGAGCCCACCUUCAGCAGCAACCCCAACGUGUACUUCCAGCGGCCGGAGCCGCUGCACGUCGGCAUGAUGUACUGAGCCUGCCAAACCAGCGUUCCACACCGAACACCGCGAUUUGACAGUGCGCCUACUGACUCGCGAACUUUACACAGACCCACGCCAGACCGAGCGAACGCUAUUGUGACGUAACUCGCGCAUAUACCAGACGACCGAAAUCGAUGAAACCAUCCAAAUGACUGAUGGUAAAAUUUAUUUGAUUGUGAAAAUAUCGAAAGCAAACAUCCGUUAGAAGACUCGGGAAGUGAACCCGCGACUGGAGUCCCGCCGCCGCGCGCGGUGCACGCCUGACACGGGCCGCCUCCACCACGAAGCUACUCGUCGCUGCCGUGUUCAGUAUUUUAGGAAAACGAAACAAGGAAACGCGUUACUCAAACUAAUAAUCGUCUACUUUCUAGUCAUGUAAAAUUAAUAGCUAAAAAGUAGAUUCGUACAUCACUACCGCGUAUUGACCGAGUAAUAUCUUGCUUUCGACCAAAACUUACUUAAUACUGCAGCAGUACGGAAGCAACAAUAUGGAUAAGAUGUAAAUAAAAUUCUAGACCGAUUAGAGAUAGGUUAGAUAAUGAGGCUGUUUGUGAUUUUACAUUGUAUUGAACCCACCCUGAAGAAUUCGAACAGCUGUUAGUAUUACUUUAGGUGUAAGAACCAUCUAAAUUGUAAGUCUACUUUUAUUUAGAAAUUGUAAAUAAAGACUAAAGACUGUUUUUAAAAAA